CCUCUCUAGAUUUCUACUAAUCGAUUUAAUCAGCUGUUGUUGUGGUUAUGUCAAGAUUAGGGUUUUAAGUCAAAAUAAAUACAGACAGAUAACGACGGUUCCAUUUAGGCAGUAAUUUGUAAUUUUCAUUGGAAUUUGGAUUUUACAUCGUUAAAGCUAUUAAAAUUAAUGAAUUUUUUUUUAGUUUAAAAAUCAUCUUUAAUGAUGCCAUUGAUAAAAUUUCAAGUGUCAAUAUAUUAUUUUGUGUUUAAUUUGUAAAUAAGUAAAUUAAUUUUCAAAUGGCAGCAAUUACUUAGAUUAUUUAUUGAGGCUUUGUUUUUUAUAUAUAUUUAUAGCCAGAAUAUGUUAAUAUUUCUUUGAACUAAAACUGCACUGUAUCUAAUUUUGCUUAUCAAAAGAUGUUUAAACCAGAAUUCCAAAAAGACGCUUUUCUAGAGCAAAAAAAGGCUGCUAGAGAAUGUAGAGCUCAAGAAAAGAAAAAAGAACUAGCUGCCCUGAAAAUACAGUCAGCUGUCAGGGGAUGGAUCCAAAGGAAAAAAUAUAUAUUUUUAAUUUUGAAUGAGUUUGAUAAAGAAAUUCCUGUAGACCCUAAGGCAGCUGCUUUACGACCAGCCCUACACUAUUAUAAGAUAAUUUGGAGGUUUUUGUAUAUCUGGAAGGCUGAAAGAGACAAAGUUAGGUUCGAACGAUUGUGCAGUUAUUUGGUCUCUACAUUGGAAAAUGAGAAUGCGAAAAUAAGUUACAUUAGUGUAGCUUUUAAUAAAGAGUAUGCUUUAGAAUGGAUUAGACAGAUAAAGCUGAUACUUUGGAGAUGCUGCGAAUAUUUAGAUAAUUUGAAACCUGAUGUGCCCUCUGAGCUACACUCAAUUUUAUUGUUACUGCAUACACUUGUUAAUUUUACUUCAAUCAGUACAUGGAGAAUCCUCCAUACCCAGAAAAGCAUGGAGCCAUUGAAACCAGGAAUGGUUCAACUCUGUGCAAACAUAAUGGGACAUCUUUUCAUGAGAGGAUUUUAUCUGACUCUUAAGAUUUUACUGAUUAGAGGAUUGGCUCGCUCGAAGGUUAGUUUGAAAGGAGUGGCAUUGUCAGCAAUAUUCACUCUUGCAACACGCCCUCUUGUUUCGGCAAAUCUCUCUGGCAAACUGGUUUCAAUGUUUCUUAUACAUAUCUUUAGUGUGCCAGCACUUCUUUUACACCUGAAUCAAUUGGCUCCAGAGUGCAUUGGAGUUUUGGAAACCAAUGGUUUUCUUCAGCACAGUUUGGAGCUUCUAAAUGUGGAACAAGAUAUGAGGAUAGUGUUUAAUGCACUAGAAGGAAGUUAUGCUCUUUGUUUGAUUGGAAACAUUAUACAUAUUACUUAUCUUCAAAGGAGUAUACUUUCUACUGAGAUAGAUGUACAUUUAUUUUCUGAUGUAUUAAGAAGAUUGCUAAAGUGCUGCGAAGUAUACGUUGGAUCAAAACAAUCGAACUUAAGUCAUUGGCAUCCAGUUCUUGGCUGGUUCGCUCAGCCAAUGGACCCAGGUCUUCAUGAGUCAAUGGAGUUCGUGAAGACGCAGCUGUAUCUUUUCUGGUCUCAGCCACUCAUCUCAACACUCAUUGGCAGGGUCCUGGAUGAGAAUACUUUACCUGUACUUCCUGAUUCGAGUAGUAGUCUAUCAUCUUCCAAUUUCCUUAAACGGGCAAUAGACAACAGACUGAACCGUACCAAUGCAGCUGGGAAGCAAGUAAGAUACAAACUAGGUGUCACUGACUCACCUUUGACGAAAGUAUCAAAUGUAUGCUCUCUUUAUUACACAGCCCUAAAUACUCUUACCCAGCUUAGACUUGACAUAUUAACAGGUCUUUGCUAUCAAGAAUCAAUUCUUUUCCGACUUUGGAAAUUUUUGGAAUCACAGGGACCAACAUGUGGACUGAAAAUGUUUAUUGAUGCUUUAUCUGACAAUGCCAAAAUAGCCUCAUCUGCUGAAUUCCAAACACUUAUUCUUUUUUGUGAUUGUAUGAUGCAUUAUGUAACUAUUUUAGAUGACAUAGAAAUGUAUGAAGAACAGAAUCCCUUUAAGCUGAGUGAUUUUAUCUGUAUGUCAAGUUUCCUCAACAUAUUUCUCUACAAAGGAAUCUUGAAUAAUCUAUUUGAUAUGAAGCCCGGGACAUGUGGGAACAGCCUGUUCAAUGCCCUCCACAACUUAUUGCUGGUCCUGUAUAGGAGAGACAGCCGAAGGUCUUACUGUCCACCAAAUCACUGGCUCAUUAAAGAAAUUCGCAUUAGUUCGUUUCUGAAUGACCUUGACAAAGGAAAAAAAGCUGCUCAGUUGCUGUUGGCCAAAAUGCCGCACAUCAUUCCUCAUUCAGAAAGGGUCCAACUAUUCAGAAAGAACGUGGCCAAUGAGAAGGCAGUGUUGGGAUUGACAGAGUCUGCCUGUGCCGCUGCUCACUCCACUCUUAUAACUAUCCAUAGGAAAAGAAUUGUUGAAGACGGUUAUAGGCAAUUAGCUGCUCUGCCAGCUCAAUCACUAAAGGGUGUCAUAAGGGUUAGAUUCAUUAACGAACAGGGCCUGGAUGAAGCAGGUAUCGACCAAGAUGGAGUUUUCAAAGAAUUCUUGGAAGAGACUAUUAAACGUGUAUUUGAUCCUUCUUUAAAUCUCUUCAAAGCAACAUCUGAAGAAAGGUUGUACCCAUCUCCAACAUCUCAUGUACAUGAGAAUCAUUUACAAUUAUUUGAAUUUGUUGGAAGAAUGCUGGGAAAAGCAGUCUAUGAGGGUAUUGUCGUGGAUGUGCCAUUUGCUUCAUUUUUCCUAAGCCAGACUCUUGGUCAAACUCAAGAGGCUCUCUACUCUUCUAUAGAUGAGCUCCCAUCACUUGAUAAAGAAUUAUACAGGUCCCUAACUUACGUCAAACAUUAUAAUGGGGACGUGAGUGAUUUGGACCUGACAUUCUCCGUUGAUCAUGAUUUCAUGGGGAAGCUGGUGACUUUUGAAUUGGUACCGGGAGGAAGGGCUCUACCAGUCAACAACCAUAAUAAGAUAAACUACAUACAUUUGAUGGCUCAUUUCCGGAUGCACACUCAGAUCAAAGAACAGACUUCAGCCUUUAUCCGUGGUUUCCGCUCUAUCAUUAAUCCUGACUGGCUAUUUCUUUUCUCUACACCAGAGCUUCAAAGACUGAUAUCGGGUGACAAUGUACCAUUAGACAUGAGUGAUCUGCGGCGACAUACCCAAUACUAUGGUGGUUUUCACGAUUCUCAUAGGGUUGUCGUUUGGCUUUGGGACAUCUUACAGAAAGAUUUUUCUGAAGAAGAAAGGCGUCUCUUCUUGAAGUUUGUUACAAGCUGUUCAAAGCCUCCGUUGUUGGGAUUCGCCCAUUUGGAACCACCAUUUUCUAUAAGAUGUGUUGAAGUAGGAGAUGAUGAGGAUACUGGUGAUACUAUUGGGAGCGUGAUAAGAGGAUUUUUCACUAUCCGAAAGAGAGAUCCCCAACAUAGGUUGCCAACUUCUUCCACUUGUUUCAAUCUUCUCAAACUACCUAACUACCAGAGGAAGGCUACAUUACGAGACAAACUGAAAUAUGCCAUAUCAAGCAACACUGGCUUUGAACUCUCAUAAUCACCAUAUUUUUUUUAUUCCAAAGAUUUUUAUCAUUUAUUACAAAUUUUCUAACAGUAUGAUUUAGACUGAUUGAUGGUAUUAUCAUGUCAGUUCAUUAUUUAUAUAUGUUAUAUGCUUGUAUAUGUAGAAGAAGUUUAAUUUAUAAGAUAUUAAUAUUACAUUUAUACCUUACCAUUAACAUUACACUUUUUUAGUGUGUAUAUCACAUAAGCUAAGAAACACUUAAUAUUGUCACCACGAUAUAUCAAAACAAUUCGGAAAAAUAGAUUUUCUGUUAAAAGUAAUAGUAAUAGGGUGUAUAAAAGAAAAUGACUGUUUUUCUAAUACAAAUUUGUAUUAUUAUUUCUUUAAUAUAAAAUACAAUUAAUACUCAAAUUAUAGUCCAUUAUUAUCUGUCAUUAGCCAUCUGAUAGCCAAUUGCUCGAUUCCACUCUGAUACUAUUCUUUGAUAUGGCUGUCAAAGAACUCAGUGACUGCAAUUUCAACUUCUGCAAAAUUAUCAAAUUUUUUCCCUUAGAGAAAAUUGGCCAUGAAUCUAAAUAAGUAGUAAUCUGGUGGUGCAAGUUCUGGACUAUAUGGUAGAUAAGGCAGGAGUUUGAACCCAUGAAGUUCUUUAAACUUUUCUUAGGUUCGAUUGGAAGUGUGCGGACAUGCAAACCAUGGAUUUUUUUUCAAAUUGCCACCUUGCAGCAACCGGAAAAGCAUUUGACUGUGAUCUAGCCAUUGCUCACGGGUAUUCGGAUUUCGCCAGUAAAUCCACUUUUCAUCACAGGUGACAAUCUUCCGGUAAAAUCUCAUACCAGAAGGGUUUUUCAAUAAAUUUUCACACAUUUCUAACCUCUUAGCUGAUUGCUGAGGAAUAAGUUCAUGAGGGACCAGUCUAUUCCUCUUUUUCACCUUUCCCAUGGAGAGUAGAUGGCGACUAACAGUAUUUUUCGAUACACCACACUCUUUGGCAAGUUCAGGAGUACUUGUGGAUGGAUUUGACUCAGCAGCUUCCUGCAGAACCUCAUCAAUAUCCAUUAAUGGUUACCUGAAGCCCUUCUUCCUUUCCAACGCCAUAUCUCAACUGCUAAAUUUUUCAAACCAAUGCUGCGCAGUACGCUGGUCAAGGACACCUUCCCCUUCAUAUUUAAUAAUUUCAUGAGUUGCUUCAGCGCCUGUGAAAUUUGUUUCCACUAAUGCUUUAAAAUUAUGAGAAUUUCAUAGGACACCGUCAUGUUUCUUCUUUGAAACAUGACAUUAAAAUAUUUAGUCCUUUGAAAUCUUGAAUUUGAUAAAACGGUAAUUUUUUUUUAUACAUCCUAUUAUAAUUCCAUUCCACUUGAGAUGAGUAUUUCACUUGUACUAAAAUAAUAACUUUAAUUUGCUGUUACAACUGUGGUAGAGAACAUUUUUUGAGAACAUGUGAUAUAGAUUUAGUUCACGAUUGAUUAAUUAAAGUCUAGAAAUUUAUUUGAAACAUAUAUUAUCUAUUCUUGUUUAUAUUACAGAUUUUCACUCUUCAAAAGUACAAAUCCUGAAUAAUGUCUUUUAAAAAUUGCUAGCUAUAAGUAUUUUAGUUUGUGGAAACCCCAUUCUUCUCAGAAGUUUGAUUUAUAGUAUGUUGGAGGCAGCUAUUCUCUUUGGCCUCUACUGGUUGAUAUAAUUUUAUGACUAAAUAUAUUUCUUUAACUGUAUAUAUUAAUAUUUGUCGAGUAAUCUACUAUUUAUUACUGUUAAUUUUGGUUUGAGUCGUGACUUUUUAUAUUUUGUGCUCUUUUACUUUAGAUCAUGAAUAAAUAUCUAUCUAAUAAGUUUUAAAACAAUAGAGGAAUUAUAUUAAUGUUGUGUAUAUUACAUUUACUCGAAAUAGAAAAAAAAUCAUAUUCUUUUUUAGAUCUUAUGUGAUUAUGUACUAGUAUUUUAGGUACUAUUGUAUUAAUUCCUACACUAAUAUAAAUUUUAAAUGUAGUCACCCCAGACUAUGUAUUUAUCUAAAUAUUUUAGAUUUUUUUUAAUAUAGAAUUCAUCAUCAUACUUAAUCUAUUUUCUAAAAACUUUUCAGUAUUUUAAAUUUGCCAUAAUUUUGUUAUAUUAUGUAAAAGAGUCCAAUGAUUCUCUGACUGCUGACAUUCAAGAUCUCAAUUUUAGUUUUUUUUUAAAUGGUUAAAAUAAUUUCUAACAGCACUUCAGAAAAGUCAUUUAAGUUUCUGAUUGUUUAUUAUUUAAUAUCAUUCUAUUGGUGAUACCUAAUGAUAGGUGAUAGGUGGUACCUAAUGAAACAUGAUGUAUAUAUAAUUAGUAAGAACCAUUUAUAUGUAUAUAUUAUGUAGAAAACAUAAGUAUUAUAGUGAGUGAUAAUGUGAUUGUAUGUUUUAUAAGAAUUGUUAAGAUUAUUAUUCCUGCCUACAACUAAUUAAUUUGUGCUUUCUACAUCGCUUUAUCAUUAUCCAUUCAGUUUAAGAUUUAAGGAAUGUUCUGUAUAUAGAAAUAAUAUUUGCAUUGAAAAAUUAAAAUUAUUUUGUAUCUUGAAAUAACAUAAUCAGAGCUUUUAUUUUUUCUAGUCGAUUUUUAAAAAUAUAUGUACGUAUAUAAUAUUAAUUGAAAAAUUAGAUAUUAUUUUUCAUAAAAAAAUAAUAGUAAAUAAUUUUAAAUCAGUGAUAGAAUAUCUUUUUUGAAAUAUGACUCAAUGAUUUCUUAAAUUAUUUUUUGAUUUCUUAAAUUUUGUCUUAAUUCAAUACAUAAAUGAAAAAUAAAAAUGUACAAUAAAUUAAGAAACAAUGUUCAUAUAAUUAUCAUAGGUUUUCAUUUAUCUUUUCCUAAACUGACAUGAUGGCUUAAGAAAAGUAAAUUACAGACAAAAUCAAUUUGUUUGAUAAAACAUUACAAUGCAUGUUUUUAAAGAUUAGUUAUGCAAAGAAAUAUAGUAGUUUAUUUUUUUUUUAAAUUAAAAGAUAUAGAACUUAAAUUUUAUUUUGAUUUAAAUAAAAAUUAAAUCUGAUUUUUAAAGUAAAAAAAAACAAAAGUAAAAUGUUAAAAUAACUAUUGAUAAUAAUUUUAUUGUUAAAAGCAUCAUUGAUUUUAAUUAGUUUCAUCAAGCUAACACUAUUUUGUUGUAAAAUAUGAAAUAUAAAUUUUUCAAUAAAUGAAAUUUAAUAUCUAUUUAUGUAUAAAAGAAUGGUUUCCAAAAAUAAGUUCAAAGCGAUGUUUUAUUUAGUUAUAAUCCACCAUUAGCUUACUUUUUGAUUAGAGAUUAUAUAUAUGUGAAUCACUGAUUUUAUCAAUAAUCUUCAAAUUGCAAAUGACUAAAUGGCAGUUUAUUAUACCUUAAGUAUCUUUUGGAGAUUGCAGUAUUUUUUAAAAAUCAGGAUUCUUAUACAUUCCCGCUGUUUAGUCCUGCUGUAAUAAUUUCCUUUUUAUUUUAGUCUUCACUUUUAUUCUUAUUUUUAUGUUGUAUUUAACAAUCAUUUAGUCUCCACCUAAGUUUAUAAAAUAUAUAAAAGUACCAAUGUAACAGCAUUAUAUUUUCACUAGAAUAUUUACAAUUAUAUUUUAUGGAAAUAAUAAUAAUCGAUAAAUGUCAGUUGUAAGUUAGAUUUUAGUUAACAGGUAACUAUUUUCACUAAGCACAUUUGGUUAACUGUUGAUGUAUUGGACAAUCAUAUAAAGUUAGCACUUAUUGUGCAUUAAGGAUAUUAAAUUGUAAUUUUCUGACACAGAGGUAAACAGUUGAAAGUCCAAGUUUUGUCAGCAUAUCCUCCAUGCUUAAUUGGAGGCAUAUAGCCAUCCGAAGUUCACAGGAAGGUACAUAAUUUACUUUUCCAUUACAAGCAAUUAAAUGAUCAUUUUGAAUGUAUUUUAAACCAGUUAGUUUAAUAAGAUUUAUUAAAAAAAAAAAUAGUGGCUUAGAAAAAAUUUAAAUAUUAGUUAGAUGGUUUCUUAAAAAGCUACUAUUGGACUCAUGACUUUUUACCUGUAUAGUACAGAUAUGUUUUCAGCUUGUAUUCUCGUUGGCUGUGUUUUACAAUACUUACUUGCAUGCAAUAUUUUCUUCAAUUUGUAUAUAUUUUAUUAAACUUAAAUACUCAUUAAAUUUCCACAUAAAAUAUUUUUUUGUUAUUUAAAAGAUGAAAUAGUUACUUAUUAAAUGUAUUUAUGAUAAUUAUUGAA